AUGAGGCACGUAGCAGUCGACGAAGAGUCUCCAGGCUCCUCCUGCCGUCGGCUACCAGCGACAUCUCCGGAAGUGACAAACCCUCUGCCGGAUAUAUCGCCAGCACCUCAUGGGAGUCCUGUUACCUAUGUCACUGGAGCCCAAACGCCUCUAAGCAAAAGUCCUCCAACACCUGAGGACAUCCAGAAGAACUCAAGAAGGGUGACUGAUGCCCAAAUUGCACCCGAGAGAAUCGUCAGUGUUGAUAAACGAUUGCCGGGUGUGUCAGAGUUCCGACAAAUCACAUGGGUAGCUGGCAGUGCCGGUUCGCCGGAGGUAUCAAAUACCAGUAACCAGAGAAGUGUAAUUUCAACAAUUCUAUCCGUGAGGGACAAAUUGUCAGGUAGCAUUGGUACCCUCGGGGAAAUAGCGAGCGUUGAGGGAGUGAAUACAAAAAUAAAGUGGCGAUCCUACUUUCGAGACAGUUCGCACCAAGAUUCUGUAUCGAAUUCCAUUGACACAGACAACUUUCCUGAGGUUGAUCUAGAUUCGAGGAAGGAUAGUGCUGUGUGCCUGGAGGAGGACGAAGCCCUAUCGAGAAUCAAGGAGACGUUGUUCGAAAAAGCUUUCGAGAACGCGGAAAUUCUCCCCAGCAUACCAUCACGGAGAAUCCCUACGGUGUCCACAGCUUCCUUCCACAAGAACAAUGAGAGCCUUGAUGAAGACCCACCUCCCCGAAAACGAUUAGAAAAGUAUUACCGACCGCGACGAGAGAGCAGCGGUUACUCCAGCAAUCUGAGUACCUUCGAUGAGGACAGGAGAAACUCGACAACUGAUGCCCUUCAAGCCCUCUCCUGCUGGCGUGAGCGACGAAGAUCCUCGACAAAGCGAUUCACCAGAUUUGGUAGAGACGACGAGACCGAUAGAAUGCCAACAACGGAGAUUUAUCGUAAAGUCUCCACCGCUGGUAUCGAGAUGCCAAAUAUCGAGGAGCUCAAGGAGAUUCGGGACACUUUCCAGGAAGACCUCAAGGGGUUGACUAAGCUCGACACAUUUCCUGACAUACAAGUGCCAAGAGAGCGACGAAGAUCAGCGAAAAAAUCAAUAUUCGACAAGUUUGAUGAUAACGAAACGGAAAUGUGCAAGCGAAUCAGUGGGAUUACAGUGGAGAUGCCAAAUAUCAAUGAGGAUAGAGAGCCCAAUGACAUUGAUAGAACGAGGCACCUCCAGGACACUAGAGAGCUCAGCAGCAGACUCUCGGAGACGACCCUGACCGGAAAUAAAGCCAUCCGCACUCGAUCCACAGGAGAUGCAGCGUUAAAAAACAGCCGCGUGAUGCUUGGAUGUUCAACGCUGAUAUCGCCUGAAGGUUCGCAGAUACUAAAGUCCUCGGAGGAGUUUCGUGCUGAGACUGGGGAAACAUUGGACAGUCAGAAGAAUCCGGAAGGGAGUAGGAAAAAGUUGAUAACGAGGUCGGAGAGUGCUAGGCACCAAGAUGAGACACCAGGCAGUCCCAGAAGUCGCCAAAGGAAGCGAGUGGUCCAUCAAUUCAGUUCUCCAUGCUCGUCGAACCCGGAAUUGGAGAGGAUUCCGGAGAAGCCAUCCGAGAAUUCGCCGCCGGAGGUGGCUUCUCAGGACAGCAGCACGAUAAUUGUUGUCAACGCUGUGAGAACUUCUUCAUCGUCAGAAGAAAGGAACGAAGACGAUGAAACAAGAAGUACGGGAAGGGAAGAGGAUCAGAUCGCCCAGAGAGUCCUUCCCAAAUCCAUCAAAGUUUAUCAACUACUGUCGACACAGUCCGAGGAUCGAGGGGAUGGAGAGCCCAGGCUCAUGGACAGGCGUAUCUCCUUGCAGAUAACAAGGCAGGAGGAAGAUGAGUCCCCCUCGGCAACACUAGCAUCGCCAGAAGACAAGAGGCUUCUUCAUGCUGAUAGUGUGCCUCUUCUGAAAAUUCCUCCUGCAGAACGAGAGCAGGAGGUGGCCGACGUACAGACGUUAGAUGUGAGGAGAUUGUCACCGGUGCGAAAGCUAUCAUCACCUGGUGAAGUGGGUAUGGCGCAGAGAUUGCUCGGGGACAAUGGAAACGUUGGAAUCAGACCGAUCUAUCCUUACUGUCCGUAUUCGCCGUAUGGCAGCCCACAGGGAUCCCCGAGGACACGGAGACGACCACUGCGGGAGAGUAGACGGGUUUCCAUAGACAAUAGGCAGGGUGCACUGCAACUGAAUCAAUACAAGCUGCUUGACAAUAUAGGACAGGGCUCAUUUGGAAUCGUGAAACUCGCAUAUAAUGAGGAGGAUGAGACUCACUAUGCGAUGAAAAUACUGAGUAAAAAGAAACUGAUGAAAAAAGCUGGAAUAUUCGGUCGGAUGGCACCGGGGAGAAAGGGAGCAUCCAAUCCACUUGCCAAAGUUUACCGUGAGAUAGCAUUGUUGAAGAAGUUGGAUCAUCCAAAUGUGGUGAAACUUGUUGAGGUGUUGGACGACCCCGACGAGGAUAAUUUGUAUUUGGUGUUCGAGUUGGUGCAGAAGGGCGAAGUGCUGCAGUUGCCCACGGAUAAACCACUGGAUGAGGAAACUGCGAGAAAGAAUUUUCGAGAUGUGGUCAUGGGAGUGGAAUACUUGCAUUACCAGAGAAUUGUGCAUCGCGAUAUAAAGCCCAGUAACUUGCUGGUUGACAGCGAGGGCCGUGUGAAGGUCGCGGACUUGGGUGUCAGUGCGGAAUUGAGGGCAUCUGGUGAACUUCUGUCUGGCUCAGCUGGUACACCAGCAUUCGCUGCCCCUGAAACCACUACCCCAGGUGCUCAGUAUUCCGGAACGUUAUGUGACGUCUGGUCCAUGGGAGUAACCCUCUACUCCCUAGUAACCGGAAGAGUACCAUGGGACGGAUCAGGAAGUAUAAUAGGUGUACAAGCCGCAGUUCGCUCCGAGCCCUUGCGCUUUCCCGAUAAGCCCGUGUUAUCGGACGAUUUACGUGACUUGCUAUCGCACAUGCUUGCCAAGGAUCCGGCAAUGAGGCUCGCAUUGGACGAGAUUAAGAGCCACCGGUGGCUGACCAAUCAUGGAAAUGAACCACUACCCAGCGAGGCUGACAACUGUCGCCUUCCGGUUACAGUCACUGAUGAGGAAGUUGCACGGGUCGUUACUAGAGUACCAAAACUAGACACGCUGAUUCUCAUCAAGACUAUGCUGAAGCAGCACAGCUUUCAGAAUCCAUUUUUACCGAGGAGAAUGGUGAAACCGACGAUGGGAGAUGCUGUACCGAGUUGUCUCAAGACCGCAGCCUCUGGUAACUGUGAUGGGGCUCAAAUCAGGGAGACCAUGAAGACUAGAACUAAGCAAUUUCAUAAAGCUGGGAGAAGCAAUUCCGCACCAGACUCUUACGAGUGGCAGACGAAUGGAAGGCAAGUGUCAGUUGACACAUCACUGCCACCAUUGACAGAGGUCAGUGUUCAAGAGGUGGAAGUCGAGAAACGGUGACCUACAACACUCUCCAUUGACUCCAAUGCCAUGAGAAAAUGAUAGGGUUAACGAAUCAGUGGGGACCAAUCAAUCGUAAUGUUGGUUGAUACAUCAACAAUUGUUCAACUCAAGUCGGAGGAAACGAUCGUCACAAAUCGUUUGUACGAACCAACGAAAAUUCAUCUUCCAGGUUUAAUAUAUAUUGAUUUUAGUGCUGGAGUGAUAGUUUCGCGCAAUUUCGCUGCAUGGCAUGUACGUAAUGCGAGUAAAUAAAUAAUCCUAUAGACGGAUUUUUCGUGAAAAGCCGGCGAUAGGGGGGAUAUAUGAUCUAGAAUGGAAAAAUCUGUUUACUCUCUGGGAAUAUAAGGGCUAUUACACACACGUAAAGUCCUUGGGAAGGUGAGUAAAUGCAAAUCCAACUUUUUAUCAUCACGUCCAUCGACUUUGGAUGGAAAAAACCUUUCGUGGCUUUUUAUUUUCCAUUGGUUAGAUUAAAUGAGUAUGUGUGCGCGAAGAGGGAAUUUAAAUAUACAAUGUGCUUGCGCGUAUAUCGAUUCCAGAGGACCAAUACUUCGAUAUUUUUCAUGUUAAUUUUCUUUAUUCAAUAGCGAAGUGGUGGAAUGUAAUAAAGAACGGGUUAUUUGUAAACAUCUUAAUGAGGUAAUCCCAGUUUCAUCUAGUUUCGGACGGAUCAUGAUAGUGAGGAGAGACCGGACUGAAAUUUCAAUAUCGCAUAGGCUUUCUUUAUCGUGCUGAGUUUACUAGUUCAGUUUUAAUGUAAAAAAAUAAGAAAAAAUGAAGUUUUGAUUUUUUCCAUUGCUUGAAUCUUGAAGUGUCUUUAUGAUGUAAUUCUUGAUUGUUUGACUAAAUGGGGCUUUGUGAAAAUCUUUAUUUUUGCGGGCUUUGGAUUUUUUUUCUCAAAAUUGCUACAGGUACGAAAUCUGAGAAAUUUAAAAAUUGAAAUACAUAGUUAUGUUACGUCUGAACACAAUACUUACUGAUGGUCUCUGUUUCGGGUCAAAGCAAAUAUUAUGCUCUUUACUCCAGGGACCGAGACCAAAGUCAAAUGUCCUUUAGAUGUGCAAAUGUCUUCUGAACGUUUUCCGUUGGAUGAGAAGUAGAGUUGAGCAAGGUUUAUCUAAAUAAAAGUGCAGGAAGGAAAGUUCAUUGCCAAUUUAUUAAUCCAAAUUACAGCAAGAGUUGAUUCCUUAAUUUUAUAAUCCUUCUCUUCAAGCGAUGCGUACAAUUAUUGAUUCCUCGUCAGUUAUGAUAACAAACCGCUCUGGUAGCAAUGAGCUCGUAUCGAUUGUAUUGUUAUCUUCUUUCUUACUCGGUUAACUGACCUCCAGAGGCUUUUCGAUUUUUAUGUUUUAAAAGCGAUUUGAGGAGACAGACAAUGUUAAUUGAACUUCUUUAGCUAUGCAAGCAGUUUUAAAUAUUUCUCAAUUAUCAUGCAGACUUAUGUAUGAAACUGAGUCUCAAUCCCAUUUUCUUCUCGAAAAAUUAUACAGAUCUAGUUUACUAUUUAAAUGCACAAUUGGAAGUGAGUCUGAUGGAUUUUUUGCAUUCCGUUUUACAGUGAGAAAUCUAGCGUUGUUGCUAAGAACAAGUGACGUCAAUUAUGCGCGGAACUAUUCUCUAUGCACCCGUGCAUUAUGAUUUAGAUGAAUCACUGGUGAAUAUCAUCUCCGGACGUGUGAUGGCGAGAAUAAUAGGAAAAAAACUGUCAUUGUAUAAUGCCUGCAUGACUUCCAUGCAGGUGGAUAGCCACUUGUUUAGCGUGGAAUUUUCCACUAACGGCUUCUAAGCCUAGCAAAUCUUUCUCAGGACUAAUUUAUUUAGUUAUAAGUAAAUUUCUUUUUUUCUUUUUUAAGUUGAGACAUCACAAAGCACCUCAAUUAAAAAUGAGCAUUAGGAUUGUUACGUCCAAACACAAUACUUAAUGAUAGUCUGUAUUUCGAUUCAAAGCAAAAAAAUUAUGCUUUCUACUCCAGGGACAGAGACCAAAGUCGAAUAUCCUUAAGAUAUUCGACUUUGGCUGAUGCCUUCUGCUGAUUUAAUUGGUUGAGAAUAGAACUAUUAUAGAUGGAUACUCGGCUGAUUCCAAUAAAUUUCAGAAAAGAAAGUUAUUUGCCAAUUUAUUGAUCAAAUUCAAUUCAAAAAGUCUUUUAAACAUUUCAAUACAUCUUCUUUAUUCGAUGCGUAUGUCGUCCGCUCGCAGGUCAGUUAUGAUAAAAUGUUCUCAAGUUACAAUGAAUACGCUCCGUUCUUGUUAUUUCCUUUUACUUACUUUUUCUAUCUAAUUUGAAUUUGAAGAAUUUUAGAUUAUUUGAUGGAUUUUAAUAGAAUUUUUUAAUAAUCAGGCUUCUAUGGUCAUGCAAGCUGUUUUUAAAGAUUUUGAAUCUUAUUUCAAUAUCCUAUUUGUUUGACUUACGUUUGAAAUAGGAUUCGGAUCAGACUUCUUUUGAAAAUCUGAGAUUAACGGUAGUGAGGAAAUUGGUUCCGUAAAAGUACAAUUGGAAGUAGUGCUCCUGCUAGGCUUGUGCAUUACUUUUUACAGGCUAGAGACAAGGUUGUUGCUAGGUGUUCAUGACGAGAUAUAGUCGUGCCUAGACUGGAUUUUUCCACGAGUAUUAGCAUUGUUCUCAAAUUUUAAUCGAUGUUCAGUGUGUCGUGAUCGGAAGACGAUCACAUGAGACGAUCGAGUGAAAGAGUAAAAAGGAACAAAAAUGUAUCAACUCAUGGCGCAGUUUCAUGCGAUCUACAUUGCACUUGACAGCAAGGUGCCUAGAUUCUCACCUAAAAAUAGACCCACGCGUUCCUAGAAAAACUUGAGAACUAUAAAUCUAAAGAGAAAAUUUUUUUAAUUGGAUUUAUCCAAUCUAGACAUCACAAUUACCUGAAAAUCCUCAUCGCGAAUUAGACUUAUCUUCCUGUUUCAUUUGAUUUUCGAUUGUAUUUUCAAAGAUAAUAUUUAUCUUUUUGAUUAUUCUUAUAUAUUAAUUUCUCUCACAUUUUAUAUAAUUGAUGAGCAAUAGUUGAGAUAUUUAACCACCACAAUAUAAUAAAAUCCAUGGUAAUACUUAUAUAGAUAUAUAUAUAUAU